CUCCAGACAAUCAUGGAACAGUUCAAUCCCAGCCUCAGGAAUUUCAUUUCUAUGGGGAAGACCUAUGAAAAAGCCUUAGCAAGUAUGACCUACGCAGCAAAAGGAUACUUUGAUGCUCUGGUUAAGAUGGGAGAGUUGGCUAGUGAAAGCCAAGGAUCUAAAGAAUUGGGAGAUGUGCUCUUCCAGAUGGCAGAAGUCCACAGGCAGAUCCAGAACCAGCUGGAGGAGAUGCUCAAGUCCUUCCACAAUGAGCUCCUGACGCAGCUGGAGCAGAAGGUGGAGCUGGACUCUCGGUACCUGAGUGCUGCGCUGAAAAAAUACCAGACAGAGCAAAGGAGCAAGGGGGACUCACUUGACAAGUGCCAGGCAGAGCUGAAGAAACUUCGGAAGAAGAGCCAAGGCAGCAAAAACCCCCAGAAAUACUCUGACAAGGAGCUGCAGUACAUUGAAGCCAUCAGUAACAAGCAAGGAGAGCUGGAAAACUACGUCUCUGACGGGUACAAGACGGCUCUGACGGAAGAGAGGAGACGGUUCUGCUUCCUGGUGGAGAAGCAGUGCGCGGUGGCCAAGAGCGCCAUCGCCUACCAUGCCAAGGGGAAGGAGAUGCUGACGCAGAAGCUGCCGCUGUGGCAACAAUCCUGCUCGGAUCCCAACAAGAUCCCAGACCGGGCUAUACAGCUGAUGCAGCAGAUGGCUGCCAGCAGCAAUGGCACCAUCAUGCCCAGCCCUCUGUCUACAUCCAAAUCCAACCUCAUCAUCUCUGACCCCAUCCCUGGUGCCAAACCUCUCCCUGUCCCCCCGGAGCUGGCACCUUUUGUAGGACGCAUGUCGGCGCAGGAGGCCCUGCCAGUGAUGAACGGAGUCUCAGGCCCAGACAGUGACGGGUACAACCACUGGUCUGAGAUGAAGCCAGCACAGCCCAAAUCUUUAUCUCCUCCCCAGCCUCAGAAGCAGCUGAGUGACUCUUACUCCAACACACUCCCAGUUCGCAAAAACGUGACACCGAAGAACAGCUACGCGUCAGCUGAAAACAAGACGCUGCCGCGCUCCAGCUCCAUGGCCGCGGGGCUCGAGAGGAACGGCCGGACGAGGGUGCAGGCCAUUUUCUCUCACGCUGCUGGAGAUAACAGCACCCUCCUGAGCUUCAAGGAGGGGGACCUCAUCACGCUGCUGGUGCCAGAGGCCAGGGAUGGCUGGCACUACGGAGAGAGCGAGAAGACAAAACUGAGGGGCUGGUUUCCUUUCUCCUACACACGGGUCCUCGACAGCGAUGGCAGCGAGCGGGUCCACACGGGCCUGCAGCAAGGGAAGAGCAGCAGCACGGGCAACCUGCUGGACAAGGACGACAUCUCCAUCCCGCCGCCCGACUAUGGCAUGGCCUCCCAGGGCUUCCCAGCUCAAGGUGCCAACACUUUCAAGCAGCGGCCGUACAGUGUGGCCGUGCCAGCCUUCUCCCAGGGUCUCGAUGACUACGGGACAAGGUCCGUCAGCAGAAACCCCUUUGCCAACGUCCAGCUGAAGCCAACGGUGACGAACGACCGCUCUGCUCCGCUCAUCAGCUGA